ACGUCAUAAAACGAUAAAAGGUUCUUUAAUUUAAAACUAUGAUUAAAAUAUUAAAUAUUUGAUAAAACAAAACACACAAUUGAACUCGAUAAUAUCGUAAUGACACCGAAAACAGAGGAAGUAUGCAAGUCGCCAAUUCCUCCGGGGAUGAACUCUCCUGAGAUGUCAUCCAACAGAGCUAUAGAGCGCCCUGUGUGGUCAAGUCAAGGGACUCUUAUAAAGAGACAACCAGUGCGGCAUUACAUACCUAAGACUCAAUUUUACUAUUCAACAUCUGAAUUAUACGCUUCCGCAAAUAAAACCAGACAAGACUACGAAGCGGAUACACGAAAAUUUGUUGCACAAUCUUACGGAAAUAAUGAUUCAGAAGCCAGAAGAGCCUUCUCUGCUCCUGGUGGUCGACGGAAAACAACAUCAUCUAAGUUACCACCAUUGUCAAGUCAAAAUCAAACAUCGAGGCCUGUAACUGAGAAUCGGCAACGAAUAAGACCGGAAAACGUACCUUGGGUAAGCACUCCAGUUCCUGGUAUGAGAACGAUCCCUGAAUAUGAUUUAUAUCGAAAAGACGCGCUUCAAGAAAAAAAUAAUUUAUAUCAUGUACAUUCCGGACUUUUACCCAAGUAUAUGGGAUAUGUUCCAGGCUUGAAAUUCAGAUAUGGAUCGACUUUCGGAAUGUUGACUUAUAAUGCAAAAGAAAUAGGCGUUGGACGGAGUGCGACAUGGGGUGGCGCAGUAUCUUUGUUUUAAUAUUAUUAUUUGACGAAAUUGUGAUAUUUAUAUAUUGAAUUGUUCUUGCUUGCAUCUGAGGGGUAUAGGUUUGGUACUGACAUGUACCGUUUAUUGUAGACACGUCGAGUAUUUCCUAGACCUAGAUAAAGAGUA